AUGGAGAAUUUAGAAUCACCUUCUUGUGCUCCCUCAAUUCCAUCUGAUUUUAAUUUAGGUUGUCUUCUUGAAUAUUUUGAGUCUGAUGAUAGUGGUUCAAUAGGCUUUCAAGAGUUUUUGCACUGGAGACAGAAAGCAUCCUCUUUGGGAGUAUGUUCUGAAGAUCUUGCAGAGGACAUAUUCUCCAUUGGGUGCAUACUGGCUGAACUUUAUUUGAACAGGCCACUUUUUGACCCUGUUUCAUUAGCUGCAUACAAGGAAAAUGGCAUCAUACCAGGAGCAUUGCAGGAACUGCCUCCACACGUUGCACUUCUUGUUGAAGCAUCCAUCCAGAGGGACUGGAAGAGGAGACCAUCAGCGAAAUGUUUUCUGGAGUCGCAUUACUUUCCUCCAACAGUCAGGUCUGCAUAUUUGUUUCUUUCUCCACUUCAGCUGUUGGCUAAAACUGGGCAUCGCCUUCAGUAUGCUGCUAAGCUUGCAAGUGAAGGAGCCCCGAAAGCUAUGGGAAGAUUUGCUGCAGAUGUGUGCGCCCUACUGCCAACCACCAUCACCACCCGAGCAUUCCCCUGUUUUGAGAUCUACUUCCCCUUCGGAAAGCGCCGCCGCUGCUGCCGCUUGACCACCGGAUCGAGUAGUCGCGGCCGAGAUUUCCCUUCCACCACUCGCCGGUGAGUCCUCC